UCCAAGGACUUGGUGUGGCGCGGAGAGCGCAUCUGGGGGGUGCCGGGCACCGCGGCGGCGCAGGAGGCGGGGAAAGGGCGGUGCAGGGCGCAGGAGCAUCUCUUUCUGGAAGGGACACAACCCAUCAGACGUCCGGGAGCCAGCCGCGCCUCUUCCAGGACCCCAGCCGAGGGCGACCGUGAUGCUGCAGUAAGGGCGGGAGCAACCGGCACCACUGCUCUCAGACCCCUUCAGCGCCCGCCGCCUGCAGGGAAAGAGACUAAGGCUCCUGAUUUGCCCGGAGGCCACUUCCUCUAGCAAGACAUCCCAGUAAAAGUUGCAUUGGCAAAGAUCCUUGUAGCUGACCUCUGGGGCCGUGGCGUGGGGGUUCCCCAGCUGUGCGUUUGCGAGCUGGAAAGCCAAAGGUGUGUGUGCAUGGGGGGCCGGCCACGGGGGCAUCUUCCGCUGCCACUUUGCCCAGCGUUGUGCUGAGGGUAAACUGACUGGGACACCGAGGCUGCGAUGAGCCCCUGCGGGCGGGCCCUACAUACAUCCAGAGGGGCCAUGGCCAUGCUGGCGCGGAAAUUCCCGCGUACCCGGCUACCCGUGGGAGCCAGUGCCCUCUGCGUGGUGGUCCUCUGUUGGCUCUACGUCUUCCCUGUCUACCGGCUGCCCAACGAGAAGGAGAUCGUGCAAGGGGUGCUGGCACAGCGCGCUGCUUGGAGGACGAACCAGACGUCAGCCAGACUGUUCAGGAGACAAAUGGAGGACUGCUGCGAUCCUGCCCAUCUCUUUGCGAUGACUAAGAUGAACUCCCCCAUGGGGAAGAGCCUGUGGUAUGACGGGGAGUUAUUAUACUCGUUCACCAUUGACAAUUCCACAUACUCCCUCUUCCCCCAGGCAACCCCCUUCCAGCUGCCAUUGAAGAAAUGUGCGGUGGUGGGAAACGGUGGGAUUCUGAAGAUGAGUGGCUGUGGCCGUCAAAUAGAUGAAGCAAAUUUUGUCAUGCGGUGCAACCUUCCUCCCUUGUCAAGUGAGUACACCAGAGAUGUGGGUUCCAAAACUCAGUUGGUGACAGCUAACCCCAGCAUAAUUCGCCAGAGGUUUGAAAACCUGCUGUGGUCCAGAAAGAAGUUUGUGGACAACAUGAAGAUCUAUAACCACAGUUACAUCUACAUGCCUGCCUUUUCGAUGAAGACGGGCACAGAGCCAUCUCUCCGUGUGUAUUACACACUGAAGGACGUUGGAGCCAAUCAAACAGUGCUCUUUGCCAACCCCAACUUUCUGCGGAACAUUGGAAAGUUCUGGAAGAGUAGGGGGAUCCAUGCCAAGCGCCUGUCCACAGGACUCUUUUUGGUGAGUGCGGCCUUGGGCCUCUGUGAGGAGGUGUCCAUCUAUGGCUUCUGGCCCUUCUCUGUGAAUAUGCAAGGGGAGCCUAUCAGUCACCACUACUAUGACAACGUCCUGCCCUUCUCUGGCUUUCAUGCCAUGCCUGAGGAAUUUCUUCAGCUUUGGUAUCUUCAUAAAGUCGGCACACUGAGGAUGCAGCUGGACCCGUGUGAGGAGCCAUCACCACGGCCCACUUCCUAGGGACUGCAGAAGAAGAAAGGACUGGAUGGGGGUAUUUUUGCUAGUCAUUUUUUUAAUGUGACUUCCAAAAGGAACUGCCAAAGUGUGCCGUGGAUUGGCAUGAUAGGAAACAAACAAAAUCCCAAGCAAACCUGCUUUUUGAUGUUGGCUUGGAGAACAACAAGAACUAAAAUGUCCAGGGGAAUGUUUUUAUAGAGUGUUGUGGAUUCACAAGUGAAACAGCCCCAAGGAGACAAUGCUGGCAGAACACGUGUCUAUGGUUCAAAGCUAGAAGAUGCAAUUCAAGGACCAGAUGAACUCUAGUUGCUGAGGCCAAGGUGCCAAUCAUGGCAACCUGUGGGAGAUGCUGGGGUAUUGCUGACUGUCAACAUACACUGGCAUCAAAAUCAUUUUAAAAGACCUGUCUUAUUGAGACUGGCAUUAGAACUAUAGGUUUAAAAAAAUAUUAUUGAUUUUGCCCUGUUUAGGGCUAUGGGUAGGUGAUGGUAUAGACUUACAAAAUCCUUCCUGCUGAUU